GGGCAUCCACGAAUUUAGGUGUGUUUUUAUGCAUCGCUUGUGCGGGUCAUCACCGAAGCUUGGGGACGCAUGUAAGUCGUAUUAAAUCUACCACUCUAGACUCUUGGAAACCUGAAGAAGUAGAAACCAUGAAGUGUGUAGGAAAUAAAAAAGCUAAUGAGUAUUAUGAGCACUGUUUGGACCCUUGGUUUCUUAAGAUAGAUCAACUAGACUUUAUAAAGCGCAAGUACGAUAAAAAAGAAUGGGUUGAGCGUAGUCAGUUGAAAACGUUCCCCCGAACUAAAAACCUGAUUCUUUCUCGGAGACCUACCAAUAAAUACGACCGACAAGCCGUCCAACUGCAAAACAUGGGCUUUACAAAUAUUACAGCUGUAUUGAACGCGUUAGCAAAAACAAAAGGAGACGUUAACUUGGCGCUGGAGGAAUUGUUGAAUUCUGACAUGGAUGACUUUACAUUUCGGGAGAAAGACGACACUUCCUCCUCAAAACUGAAGCAACUAAAAGAAAUGGGAUUUGGAGACACUCAAAAAGUGCUCCAGGCUCUUCAUGUUUCCGGCGGAGAUCUGGAGCAGGCUGUUGAGAUGUUGAUUCACACGCGUAACUCUCCGACGCCAAAAGGCUCGCUUUCCCCCUCCUCCUCUAUACACAAUGAAGAACAGUCUACACUUUUAUGGCCUGAUAUAGAAAGUACUUCUAAGGAAUUCGAAGUUACGAAAAGCACUCGCGAAACCAAAAAGGAAGAGAUUUUACGGAUAUUUGAUACACUUUCUCCGCCCUCCAACAAUUCUGGCCGUUACUUAAGCCCAUCAAAAGAGAGACCGCUCACCGACUCCCACGAAAGAAACUUUUUGGCAGGUGCCCAGUCUUCGCCCUCUACAAGUGAUUCACGAGAGGGCCAAAUUAAUCCGUUUAAAGGAUUUGAGGCUCCACGUGACUCCUAUCGUUCGGAUGACCAUAUAUUAUGAAAUGAAAGUCUUCGGUCCGUCUUAUUAAUUUUUUAAAGGCACUUGGUUUUAUUAACAAGCGGAUUGUU